UUGUCAGGCUUAUGAUGAGGUCAAGGGGGCGUUUGUUCAAAAAAAGCUUGAGAACCACUGUCCUAUAUGAAGUUAGCAUAGAGUUUGGCAUUAUAAGUUGUAUGUGAUUUGUCUCUUUUGUGUCUUCAGAUAAAUGCUGAAUUCAAGAGAAUAACUACAAUGCCCUUGCAGUCGAGAUUCCUGUCCCAGCUAGACAUAUUGUCUGACAAGCUGCUGAAGCUGUUCAAAAACAGAGGAGGACAGAUUGACAAACGCCUAGAGAACAUUUUGGCUUGCAUGACUGAGGAUGAUGAUGUUGAUGGAGGACGUGAAUGCAUCCUGAAGGCGUUGUGUGUGUACCUCAAUGAAGACCCCAAAUGUCUACUUCGCGCGUUUGUGGCACAAGACGAAAUCCAAGUGCAAGAGGGAAUGGAGGAAACGACUGUAGGGAUCUACAUCGUCAAAGCAGAUGCCACCAGCAAAGCAGAUGACAUUGGCAUCAUUUUGGAAGGCCAGCAGGUGUUGCAGGAUGUGGAUAAUGUGCCAUUGGCUGUCGCGUUGUUGUUUGGAUUGAUUUACGCCCUAAAUCUGAACUACCCCGACGGCCUCAAGCGCACUUUUGAAGUCCUGCAGAAAUUUAUCAUGGAGGUGGAAGGCACCAUGCUGUCCAAAAAGGUUCAGGUUGUGCGAGACAGUCUAAAUAUCCGCCAAGAGGGUCCACUCCUCCACUAUUGCAAAAGAACCUGGCGAGAGCCUGUGUGGACGCCGCACCACAAACACUGCUCCCUCAGCUUGCUGCUGAACAGGCACAUGACGCAGGUUCCCUUCCAGUUCCUCGUCAUCAGCACCAUUAACAGCACGUAUAGCGAGGAACUGCGGAACAACCACAGCUCAUUGGUCAAAGCAGCCAAGAGAGGUAAAGAUUUGCUGAACGAGCGAACUUCUGGGGCAGUGACGGCAGUCUCUGAGGAGCUGGAGGUGUGA